AUGCUUGCUUUAAUCAAUACAUCCUAUAAAUGCUCCAGGUUUUCUCGCUCUUUCAGUACUUCUAUGAAGCUUUGGGAUGAUUUGGAUCCGGUGCACAUCAAAAACACCAAUCGAUUCCGACAGCUUCUGGUGGAAAGAGGAGAUUUCGCACCUCAGCAAGCUAACACUUUGGUUGAUAUAAUGUCUGAAGCGCUCAAAGGUGGUGUGGUACAUGUCUCGCAGGACUUGGCCUCUCGGCAAAAGUUAAUACAACUGGUAUACCAACAAAGAGUGGACUUUGCCAAAUUAAGGGAUCAACUGCUGUCCGCAGAUCGCAGCGAGUUUCACACGAUAAAGAGUGAGCAUGAAGGGAUUCGGAAUGACUUGGAGAAAUUGCGCACAAGAUUGAGAGAAGAGAUCACCAAAACUAAUGCUGGGUUCAAGUUGGACUUGUCGUUAGAAAAGGGAAGAAUACGGGAAGAAUCCAGCCAUCACGAUAUGCAGAUCAAAGAAAUCGACACGCGUAUUGACCAGGAAGUCAGUAACAUGAAAAUGCAGAUAGAUUCGGUGAAAACUCAAGUGAUGCAAUGGCUAAUCGGGGUGUGUACUGGUACAUUCGCUCUCGUUUUGGCUUACGUGCGCCUGUUGUCUUGA